AUGAAGUUUGUAAUCAUGUUCGCUCUGGUUGCGAUGGCCAUCGCCCAGGACAGCUACCCAACCAAGUACGACAACAUCGAUGUGGACGAAAUCCUCAACUCGGAUCGUCUCUUCAAAAACUAUUUCAACUGUCUGAUGGAAGCUAGACCAUGCACCCCAGAAGGAAACGAGCUGAAGAAAUAUCUACCAGAUGCCAUUUCAACCGGAUGCACCAAAUGUAACGAGAAGCAACGUGAGGUCACGGCUAAGGUGGCCAAGUUCCUGAUCGAGCAGCGUCCAAAUGAGUGGAAUGCCUUGCGAAGCAAAUACGAUCCGGACAACACUUUUGCCGAGAAGUAUCGCGAUGAGGCGGCCAAGUUCGGAAUCAAAUUGUAAACUCAUUUGAAAUAUCAUCGAUCUUAAUCUACAAAGUCCAUGUUUGAAUGAUUAUGAAUAAAGCAAUUGCAUAUUAAAUUAAUGGAUUUUAAUAUGUGUAAAAAACCAAUGCAGUGCUGUGCACUUCU